UAUAAAUAACUCUCUCUUUUUCCCUCUCUAAACGCCUUCACAGUCACUCCAAAUCCCUAGCUUUUUUUUUUCCUUUAAUUACCUGUUAGGGUUUUUCAAAACUCGCAAGUUUUACCGAAGAACGAUGUCGCUUAGACCGAGCGCCAGAACUGAGGUUCGCCGGAACCGUUACAAGGUUGCCGUGGACGCCGAUGAAGGUAGACGAAGAAGAGAAGACAACAUGGUGGAGAUCCGUAAAAGCAAGCGUGAAGAAAGCUUGCUUAAGAAGCGCCGUGAAGGGCUUCAAGCAACGGCUGCUCCUCUUCCCAAUCUCAACCUCCAAAACAAGUUGGAAAGUCUGCCUUCGAUGGUGGCUGGGGUUUGGUCUAACGAUAACGGCCUGCAGCUCGAAGCAACUACUCAAUUUCGGAAACUGCUUUCCAUUGAGAGGAGUCCUCCAAUUGAGGAAGUGAUACAAUCUGGGGUGGUUCCGCGCUUUGUUGAGUUUCUUAUGAGAGAGGAUUUCCCGCAACUUCAGUUUGAGGCUGCUUGGGCUCUUACGAACAUUGCUUCUGGAACAUCGGAGAAUACUAAGGUGGUGAUUGACCAUGGUGCUGUUCCUAUAUUUGUGAAGCUACUUGCUUCUCCAAGCGAUGAUGUUCGUGAACAGGCUGUUUGGGCACUUGGAAAUGUUGCUGGUGAUUCACCUAGGUGCCGUGAUCUUGUGCUUAGCCAAGGAGCUUUGAUGCCAUUGCUGGCACAAUUGAAUGAGAAUGCAAAGCUGUCAAUGCUAAGAAAUGCCACGUGGACGCUAUCAAACUUCUGUAGGGGCAAACCACAGCCGCCAUUUGAUCAGGUGAAGCCUGCUCUUCCGGCACUUGCACAGCUUGUUCAUUCAAGUGAUGAAGAAGUCUUGACUGAUGCCUGCUGGGCGCUCUCCUAUCUUUCUGAUGGUACAAAUGAUAAAAUUCAAGCUGUGAUCGAGGCAGGUGUUUGCCCACGACUCGUUGAGCUCCUCCUUCAUCCAUCUCCCUCAGUGCUCAUUCCUGCCCUGCGGACAGUGGGAAAUAUUGUCACUGGAGACGAUAUGCAGACACAGUGUAUAAUUCACCAUGGUGCUUUGCCAUGCCUUUUGAGCCUGUUGACCCAUAAUCAUAAAAAGAGCAUCAAGAAAGAAGCUUGCUGGACUAUCUCAAACAUUACAGCUGGAAACAGGGAACAAAUUCAGGCUGUAAUUGAUGCCGGUUUAAUUGGCCCCCUUGUCAAUCUACUUCAAAAUGCUGAGUUUGAGAUAAAGAAAGAGGCUGCUUGGGCGAUUUCAAAUGCUACCUCUGGCGGUACUCAUGAUCAGAUCAAGUACCUGGUGGCUCAGGGAUGUAUAAAACCACUCUGCGAUCUCUUUGCAUGCCCUGAUCCACGAAUUGUCACUGUUUGUCUAGAAGGGUUAGAGAACAUUUUGAAGGUUGGGGAAGCUGAGAAGAGUAUGGGUAACACUGGAGAUGUCAAUUACUAUGCCCAAUUAGUUGAGGAGGCUGAGGGUUUAGAAAAGAUUGAAAAUCUACAAAGUCAUGACAAUAAUGAGAUCUAUGAAAAGGCAGUUAAGAUUCUUGAAACUUUCUGGUUGGAAGAGGAGGAUGAGGCAUUACCUCCAGCUGAUGGUGCUCAGUCAGGUUUCCAAUUUGGAGGGAAUGAGCUUCCAGUUCCAUCUGGUGGAUUCAACUUCAACUGAAGUUGCAUAUCGCAGUUUACUUCACAUGCAGGAAGGA